AUGGAGAGCAACAUGAUCUGUGACCCGUCCUCCCGGAAGCCUCACCGGGCGGCUCUGAUUCUGGCCCGCGGUGGCAGUAAAGGAAUCCCCCUGAAGAACAUCAAGAAUCUGGCCGGUGUUCCUCUCAUCGCGUGGGUUCUGAGAGCUGCCUUGGAUUCAGAAGUCGUUGACAGCGUGUGGGUUUCCACGGAUCAUGAUGAGAUCGAGCGCGUCGCAAGAGUCUGGGGCGCAAAAGUUCAUCGGCGCAGUCCUGAAGUUUCCAAAGAUUCGUCCAGCUCACUGGAGACCAUCAAGGAGUUCAUCCGACUGAGACCCGAGGUGGACAUCGUCUGUCAUAUUCAGGCCACGUCUCCAUGCCUCCACCCUCAUCACAUCAGAGAAGCCCUGCAGAUGAUCACUGAACAGGGCUGUGACUAUGUGUUUUCGGUGGUUCGUAGACACCAGUUUCGCUGGGAGGAGGUGGAUAAGAAAGAUGUUACGAAUCUGACAUCUCCGAACCUUGACGUGACGUGCAGGCCUCGACGACAAGAUUGGCCUGGAGAACUCUACGAAAACGGCUCUUUCUAUUUUAGCACAAGAAAGGCUUGGGAAAAUGGCCUUAAAGAGUUGGAGAAGAUGGCCUACUAUGAAAUGCUGCCUGAGUACAGCGUUGAUAUCGACGUGGACAUCGACUGGCCUGUCGCUGAGCAGAGAGUUCUGAGGUUUGGCUACUUUGGCCGAGAGGAGAAAGCGGCGGUCAGGCUGUUUCUGUGUAAAGUGUCUGGCUGUUUGACGAACGGACAGAUAUUCACAUCGGUUUCAGGCGAGGACCAUGUGGCCAUCAGUGCUCGAGACGUGGCAGGCAUACAGAUGCUGCAGAGAGAGAAUAUAGAGGUGAUCCUCAUAUCCAACAUCAAUGAGCCGCUGUCCAGGGGUCUCCUGGAGAAGGUUGCCCAGUUGAUUGGCUGUGGACUUCACUUUGGAGAGCAUCAGAAUGGGUUUGAGAUGGAGCAGCUGAUGAUGGAGAAGAAACUGUGUUGGGAUGAAGUGGCCUUCAUGGGUUCAGAGUCUGAAGACAGAGAGAUCCUGUCUCAGGUGGGACUGAACGGUGUCCCGUCUGACGCACCCGUGGCGGAUCUCAUCGCGGCCAAAUACAUGUGUCAGAGACCCGCCGGAAACGGAGCAGUUCGUGAAUUUGCCGAGUACAUACUGAUGCUGAAGAAAAAGAGCUUGAUGCCCGUGCACCAGGAGAACAUUGACAGGGCCAAUUUCUAGAUUCCAGUUCCUAUUUCUUUAAAAUAGUCAGUUUGGGUCGCUGUGAUCACAUGACAUUGAAUCUAACUUGGUGGUACUCCAGGAGAGGGUUGAGAACCCCUGCUUUACUUGAUCUUGAUAUAUUUACAUGUUCUUUCAAAUGCAAUAUUCAUUUACUUAUCAGCAAUCAUUAUAUAUUUAUAUUUAAUCUUAUACUGCCUCCUCACAAUUUAGUAAAUGAUGUAAGGAUGUUAGUAACUGAAGUAAGGAAUCAUCCUCAUUUUAGUGAAAUCAAGGGUAGUUUGUUUUCCAUUACCUUCACUUUGGUAUAAUACUUGAUUCCAUUUUUU